AUGAGGAUAUCAAGGUUACGAUUGUUAAUACCGCUCUCUGUUCUCCUUUUGACUGUUAAUUCAGCUUAUAUAUCAAAUGAUGUUGUGAGCAAUUACGCUGAAGUUCGCGAACUUCUCUCACAGUAUUAUCAACGAUCAGCCAGAAGAAUAGCACACGAUUAUGAUCCUCGGGCCAUUGAAAAAGAAGCUGAAGCCUCACAUUUCGACGAUGGAACCGAAGCGACGAUUAACAGAAAAAUUUGGACCGAAGUUUUUGAGCACGACAUCAUCUUGACACUAGAUCAAGCACAGAAUUUGUUAAAAGAGCAAAAAGAAGUUCAUUCACGAGGGAAACGACAAGCCGAGCCGAAUCCAAGCAAAUUCUGGACCAAUCUCACAAUCUCUUAUGAAUUCGCAGUCAAUGAUUCAAAAUGGCGUGAACAAAUUCGUCAAGCUUUACGACAUGUUGAAAGUCAAACUUGUUUCACUUUUCGAGAGGGUGGCAUUGACAGAAAUCGUCUUCAAUUCAUACGUGGAAGUGGUUGCUGGUCGAAUGUGGGAAUGAUUGGUGGACGGCAGCAAGUCUCUGUUGGAUAUGGAUGUGAAUGGCUUGGAAUCAUCUCCCAUGAGACUUUGCAUGCACUCGGUCUAUGGCACGAGCAAUCUCGAUACGAUCGUGACAACUACAUCUCUUUAGUCACUGGGAAUAUUAUUCGGGGAACCAUUGGUAACUUUGAGAGAAGAACUCCAUCCACUAGUGACAAUAUCAAUCAACCAUAUGAUCUUGGAUCUGUUAUGCAUUAUGGACCAAAGGCUUUCACUACGGAUUGGAGCCAGAACACCAUCACUACCAAGGACGCAAAUUUUCAAAACACAAUCGGACAAAGAGAUGGAUUGUCGUUUAAAGAUGCUAAGAUGAUAAACACGAGAUAUUGCACAAGAGUUUGCCCAUACAAUCUUCCAUGUCAAAAUGAAGGCUACACUGAUCCAAACAAUUGUUACUAUUGCCGAUGUGCUCAUGGGUAUGGAGGACGUUACUGUGAGCAUGUAGAAUAUGUGCCUGGGAGUGUUGGUGGUGAGCUGAUUGCCUACGAUUCCUGGUACAGAAUCAUCAGCGAGUUUUUGAAGCCCGAGACCAAUACUGUCUACCGAAUUAGGGCAGCGCCAGGUCAACGAAUCGAGCUUCUCUUUGAGGAGGUGUCUUUCCUUUGCAGAGAUACAUGUAAAUCAUAUGUUGAACUCAAGUACAAGGCCACAAAGACUCAAGCUGGUGCCCGUCUCUGUUGCAAGACCCCAUCCACUCCGAUCAUCUCCGAGAACAACGAGGUUGUCGUGAUCUAUCGUGGAGAGGAUAGCCUUCCCGAUGGCUAUCAUGGAUUCACUCUAAGAUACAGAAUUUAUAAGGUACGAGCGAUGAAUUCGGUGAAAGUUCGUGUGAGAGCGCCGGCAAAGACAAAAGCUCCGCUGAAAGAUUGGAAAUUGUUGAAAGCUUUGGAGUAUCGAAAACCGAUGAAGAAAUUCGAGAAUAAGAAAACGGUGGAAGGAAAUCAGAUUUCCGAGUUCGUCCUUCGAGAUCCACCGCAGACAAUUGCAGUCCUUCGAGAUCCAACGCAGACACCGCAGACAAUUGCAGCCUCGUUGGGUUGUGAUGGAUCACCGGAGAAGAGUCUGGAAACGAUUCCCACCGCUAAACCUCAGCCACCAACUGGCUUUGUUGAUACGAGAUCCACUGUGGCUCCGAGAACAACGGAGAGGCCAACAACAACGACAGUCAUUACUUCAACAACAGAGGGAUCAACUACAGGAAUGUGGGGUGAUUGGGGUGAUUGGUCGACGUGUUCACACGCUUGUGGAGGAUGUGGAACAAGGCUACGAAUCAGAGCUUGUUAUAAGGGAAAUAGACAAUGCCUUGGUGAGAGUAAACAAGAAGAGCCUUGUAACAUUCACGAGUGUCGAUACCCGAAGAAAGAAACGAUUUCAACUGGGUCAUGUCAAGGAAGAAUCGUUCUUCCGUGCGAUCUCAUGGAGAAAUUGUACUUUGGACAACGGCAAAGAGAUGAAACGGCUCGUUUCAAACGAUCACUUGGCGAUCCGAAUAAUUGUGAGAAGCCAUUCGAAUACGCUUGUCCAACUGGCCUCCUAACAAUUCAUCUUGAUUGGCGAGGCAACUCGGAUCCACAAGCUGAUCCACCAGCGUGCUGCGAAGGAUACUAUGCGAAUGGAGGAAAUUGUUAUAAGUAU